CUCCUUUCAGUGUUGCUCUGAAAAGUAGACUUCUUUGUGGGAAAGAGGAGGAGUGGCAGCAGGAGGGAAUUGCCGUUUUGGAGUCCGCUAUUUUAAAUUUCAUUUUUAAUGGAAUAUGAGGUGGGUGACCACAGAGCUGGCAAGAAUGACAGUCAGAAAUGGUAGUGAGACAAGAGGGGACAAAUACAGCUUUCCUGUCUAUUUCAACUUGAAAAUCCUUGUGAAAAGUAAUACAGUAUUUAUAGCUCCAGUUGGAGUUCAGUUACAGUGGUAUAUUGCUUUUGAAAGUAUGUGUAUACAAAAGAAAAUACUACUUAUAUUUUCUCUCUUCACUGAUUUCCUACUCUGCCUAUAAUAAAUGUUAGUUAUCAGCAUAAUGUCUUUCCUAUGAAAUCUGAAUUGUCUGGGAUAAUACUUAAUUCCUGAAGCCAGAAGAGCCAAAAGUUGCUUAAUAAACCCGAAUACCUUUGCCAAGUCUGACUUUUUUUCUAACAUAAACUAAAUGCAAAGGUGAACAUACAAGCUGAAGGUUUACAGUUUAUUUGCUGAGAAUAUGGUGUUCACUGAACAAAAUCCUGCUCUUCAAAUUUGUUGCCAUUGUUACCACAUCGAAAAGCCCACUGCUAAUUUUAUGAAGAUAUUUAAUUUUGUUUUUUAAUAAUCUCCUCUCUGUUUUCUUUUGGCUUUCAACAUAAUUCAAAAGUUCUCCACUUACUUUGGUUUAAAAGCUCCUGAAACUUGCUCUUGAGAACACCUAACUUUAUCAACCUAAAAUUCUGUUUAAGGAAUGGUGAAAAAAGGUAGUUCCACAGAAAUGUAGCAUGCCCAACAGUACAAGUAACUUGUACUAUUAGGUUUACUUCACAGCUCCAAGGACACCACUUCUUGCACUGUGAAACAUUAUUAUACACAGGUUAAUUGUGGUGCUAUUAGAGGAACUUAAUAAAACAAACAGAAACCUCAUCUGUGAUAGGUUAUCCCAGAAAGCUCACUGAUGAUCCUUUAUCGCACUGAGGAACGCUAAGUGUAGGCAUGGAUUUAAGAUGCUGGCUUCUACAUAGGGCUAAAGAAUAUUUUAUAUGUUGGGCUUGAAGAGGGAUCCAAGUACUCAAAAAUUUGACAGCCUCUUCCUUCUGCCAUGAGAUUUAGUUGUGUUUUUAUUGAUUACUUUUCCUGCCAGUGUGUACCAUUCUGAAAUACAGCAGUGUCUGAAGGCAGGGAUCAGCAACAUUUUGUAGGUGGGUGUGAGGAGUGCAGGGACUGCUCUUGUUUCUGGUGAAAUUAUAGUUCCUACUUUAGAGUAAUGUGAAAAAAAUAGUUAAGCAUUUUACUUUGAAGUAGCCAAAUUAUCUUGAUGAACACUGGGCAGUUUUAUUGGGCGUUAAAUUGGCUGACAUUACUUUAAAGAUUUUGUCAUCUUUUUGUUUUGGGAUUUCUGUGUAAUUUCAGUGUUAGUUACCUGGAGGUAACACAUAUCUUUUUGUCCAUGCGAAGAGUUACAGAAUUCUUGAGGUAGGAAUUGGUCACUGAAUGACUUUGCCAUAGCAUCUUUACUCUCCUUAGUUGAAAUUUCUUACCGUUUGCUCUGUCUGUGGGGCUUCUAAGGACAGACAGGAAUGCAAAUAGUAAUCAGGCUUUGAAAUGUUCUGCAUAAGAUUUACUUGAUACAGUAGUACAAGAGUGUACUAGAAAGGCUAGUAACUUUUUUCAAUUUACAGUUUACACAGAGUAUGUGUUCAUGGGGUUUUACUCAUUUUUUUAAAAACAAAUAUUUUAGUGUGUCAGAUUCCUGAUAUUUGAACAUAAGCUCUCCAAAAAUAACCCAAAGGUUUGAAUUUAUUUUCAUCCUUUAUUUUUGUCUCUGAAAAAACAGCUAUCUACUUUUAUCUACUCUCAUUGUUUAACUUCCACAUAGUGGUGAACAUAGCAGUACUAGUCAUUUGUAGAGUUUUGUUUAAAAGGGACUAGAAAUGUGUGGGGUUUUUUUCUAUAAAAAGGGACUAUAUUUUUCUCUUUUAUUAUUUUCUUAGGCAGCUCUGAAAGAAAAGCCCUACUCCUGCAGAGUGCUGUCAAUUGCAGACAACUGUACCCACAUGAAACCCUGCUGCUGUCUCUGCAUGAUUUCAAAGUUAAGAGUCCCAUAAAGUCUAAUGGUAAAACAACUACUCAGCUUAUGGCCAGUUCUCAUUUUCACUAAGACUGAAAACUAUCUAAUGGAACAAACAUGAGUUCUUUCAUCCAGUUACAGGCAUAUCUACUUUCAAGAUUGUGCUGCUUGAUAUCGUGGUGAGGCUGAGUAAAUGUGACUUUGCUCUGUGUCUGGCAGAUCUCUGCCGAUAGCACUGUGUCUGUUGAGUCAGUCUUUGUGCUUAGGCAUGUUUGUGUUCAUGCAAGUUGCUUACAGGUUUAAAAAUUACUUCCCCAUCAGAAUGAAUGUUUUGCAUAACUGAAUGGGAAUGGAAGCAGGCUGAUUGUAAUAACUGUGGGAUGUGUGGCUUGGAAGCAUCCCAGAUAUGGCUUGGUAAAAUUCAAGGGCUUUCCAGCUAAUCCACCCUCAGUGGAGGGCCUUAUUCUGUAGUUUUGAGGAAAAGGUUUGUAUCUCAGGUGGAAUUUCAGAUUGGGGAAAGAGAACAGCAAAGAUGUGGUCAACACCACUUACUGUUCUCAGGGGUAGUUGAAGUUUCCUUAUAUCUUCCCUUCCUCCAGAGUGAGAAGAGAGAGAAAUAAGUCAUUUCUGACUCUCACUCCCCACUCAUCAAAAUGAUUUCUUGUCUCCUGGCCCAUCCCAACUACCACUUCAGAGGUGGAUAUACUCACUACUGCAUUUUCCACUUGGCUUUUCUUCAGUACAUUUCUAUAAAAAUAAGUGUCUCAUGUUGUCAUGCAUGGAUGUAGGAUGUUCAACUGCCAGGAAGUUUUCAAGUAAUGUUGUAAAGCUUUGAUUAAAAGCUAAUGUGUCUGUGGAUAUAAAGUAGAGGCCUAUGCUUAAUGUUCAUGUUGUGGAUCCUCUCCACAGUGCCUUUAUGCCAAAAGUCACCAAAGCAACUACAGCACAGCAAACAUCACCGUCUGCUUUCUUUGGUAUUUGUUAGAGGAAGCAGAAUAAGAAGAAAAAUGAAGGGAACUUUAGUUCAACAGCCCACCAGGCUGAGAGAGUCAUGACACCAGGAUGUUGCAGUCUUUGAAUGACAUCAUAUUUCAUUUUUUUUUUUUAGGAUUUUUCCUUCCAUUUCCCUGACAAACUCGCCAAAUUCCUGAGAAACACAAACUUGUUUCUGAAGUUGUUGAUGCUGAUACGAGCAGAAGGGAGGACUUUUUUUUUUUUUUUUUUAAGCUCUGUGAAGCUACCCGGUAUUUGAAAUGCUGAAGAGGAAAUUACGGUUUUGCCAUAACUUGCGCUUCAGGCUUUUCUUGGGUCUAACUCUUAUUUUAGUAAUCAUUUCAGUUUUGAAAGUUAACCAGAAAGAAGACUUCAUAAAUCGGAGAGAUCUAGAGCUAACAAAAGAAGAUCCUAUUAGCAAUGUUAACUGCACCAAGAUUAUUGAGGGGGAUAUAGAAGAAAUACAAAAGGUAAAGCUUGAGACAUUGUCAGUGUCAUUUAAGAAACGCCCCAGGCUAACAACAAAUGAUUAUAUUAACAUGACGGCAGACUGCGCCUCCUUCACCAAGACCAGGAAAUACAUUAUGGAACCUCUCAGCAAUGAAGAAGCAGAAUUUCCGAUUGCUUACUCAAUAGUGGUUUAUCACAAAAUUGAGAUGCUUGAUAGACUUCUGAGAUCAAUCUACGCUCCACAGAAUUUUUACUGCAUUCAUGUAGACAAAAAAUCUCCAGGAUCUUUUUUCUCCGCUGUGAAGGGAAUAGUCUCAUGCUUUGAUAAUGUCUUUAUUUCAAGCCAGUUAGAGAGUGUGGUAUAUGCUUCAUGGAGCAGGGUGCAGGCCGACAUUAACUGCAUGAAAGAUCUCUACAGUAGAAGUUCAAACUGGAAAUACCUAAUAAAUCUAUGUGGUAUGGACUUUCCUAUAAAAACCAACCAGGAAAUAGUAGAGAAAUUAAAAGCCCUUAAAGGUGAAAACAGCUUGGAAACAGAAAAAAUGCCUGUUUAUAAAGAAGUAAGGUGGAAAAAACACCAUGAGAUUAUUGAUGGUAAAAUAAAGAACACAGGCACAGACAAACAACUACCACCUCUCAGUACUCCAAUUUUUUCUGGUAGUGCUUAUUUUGUAGUUAGCAGAAGAUUUGUAGAAUAUGUGUUAGAAAGCAGCAAAAUACUUAAGUUCAUUGAGUGGGCAAAAGAUACUUACAGCCCAGAUGAGUACCUGUGGGCAACAAUUCAGAGAAUCCCUGAUGUCCCAGGUGCAGUUUCUUCUAGUGACAAGUACGACGUUUCUGACAUGAAUGCACUGGCCAGGUUUGUCAAGUGGCAGUACUUCGAAGGCGACGUGUCCAAAGGUGCACCAUACCCACCAUGCAGCGGAGUUCACAUUCGCUCUGUCUGUGUUUUUGGUGUCGGAGACUUGAACUGGAUGCUACGAAACCACCACUUAUUUGCUAAUAAGUUUGACACUGAUGUUGACCCUUUUGCAGUGAAAUGUUUGGAAGAGUAUUUGCGACACAAGGCUUUGUAUUUGCAAAAGAAGUGAAAUACUCUAUGCUCCUGUUACAAAACAUAGCUUACAAGUAUUAAAAGUAUUAUACUGCAAAGUACUUUGACAUGUAACAGUGAUGAAGAUGAUGCUGAUGAUGGGUAUAAUAAACCAUGUUGGUGUGGUGCUGCUGAUGCCCUCCCUGCCUUGUCCAUGGACAAGGGGGAGAACAGACAUGUCUCAAGUGAAUAUGGGGAUCCCUUGUGUUGCACACUGAGGCUCAGAGCUUCAGGUGUAAUAUCAGAACAGCAACUUUUGGAAGGUCAACUAUUUGGAAUAUUUGUUAUCUAGAAGGUGUAAUUAAUAGAUUUUCUUUGGCUAAACUGUUUGUUUUAAGACUUGGAAAGUGCAUGUUAUUCAUGGUUAUUCCUUAUUUUUUUCCCAUGAAUGCAAUGCUAGCUGGAAGACAAAGAUGAAGGGUUGGGGGGAAAGGCUGCACAGACUUCGUACUGAGUACUGAAAGAUCUCAGGAAUAUAAUAUUAGAAAUGAUCUGAAAACUAUGCAAAAGGGGAUAUGCAAAGCCAGCUGUCAUAAUUUAACUUCAGUCUGCUUGCUGCAGUCCUGUUACGUGUAAAUCUUAGUCCUCUUGAAAAUUUUGUCUUUAGCAUGGAGUAUUAAGGAAUUGCAUUUAAAUUUUUGUAGCCAAAUCUUGCUUUUGUACUCUUAAAGGCCUCUGAUACUGUGAUAUAAAGUUUAUACACUAGUUUGUAAUUACAUCUUCUCAGGGAAAUUUCAGUUUUGUGCCUGAUGAGAUUUAGACUUGUAAUUUUACUUCAUAUUGUACCGGGACUCUUGCUUUUGGAUCCAAACUGACUUAAGUUUCUCAAAAACUUAAAAGAACUGCAGUAGUGUCUAAAUGUCACUGAUGGAACUGCUGGUUUCUGCUUUGUGUCAAGCUCAACUUGCAUUCCAGAUUAUUUUAACAUUGAGUACAGAAAAAUAAAGUUAUUUUUCUAAAUGAUAUUGCCUGUUCCCACCAUUGAAGAACCUCUAAAGGCACCACCAAAAAAUCCUAAUGAUGAAGACCUAAAAUGUUUUUACUGUAGGUUUCCAUACAAUUGAAGCUGCAGCUGAGGUAAGUCCUACCUUACCUCCAUAUGGCCAUUCAUUCACGUGUCUGUGCUUGGUUAG